AUGAGGGCCUUCCCCAACACCCCAAACCAGCACCAACAAGCCCAUCACCACCAUCACAACAAGCUCAAUUACUACCACCACUACUACUACUACUACUACCACUACUACCACAAAGCCACCUUCCCUCCUCACCCCCGCAUCUCCAUCAACACAAAGAUGGAAAACUUCACCAUCAACCUCUCCAACCUCCACGUCCCCUCCCUCGCGGAGUUCCCGCAUCUCCCGCCCGCCGACGACUCCCCGGCGCAGAAGCGCCUCUACUGGUUCUUCCGCGGCCUCGAGUCGAUGCUCGAGCGGCACCUGUGGCGCAUGGAGCCGUGGCUGGAUUUCCUGAAGACAACGGGGCUGCAUGAGGACGAGGUUGCGGAAUUUGAGGAGCUUUGGCGCCAGAAAUGCGUGCUGGAGGAUGCGGUUAAUUGGGCGGGCAGACUGUAUGGUGGGGAGGGGUAUGAGGAUGCGGUUUGA